CCACUAACAAAGUAAGAAGUCUAACAUCGUUUCACAUCAUUUUGUUCAGCGUAAAAUCGAAUAGAAAAAAAGGGGUAACAGAGGAAAAAAAACAAAAAGCUCUACGGUAUUUCUCUCAAACCCUUAACGACGAGAGCCGUCGCUAAUCGACGACGUAAUUCUUAGGUCGAACGGAAAACUCCGCCGCUACGUUUAGUCGAAGAGAUGACUUCUACUUCCGCUGCGAAGAUCUCAAUGUUUGGUGCCAAAUCUGGAUUCGUUAUCCCUAAAAACAAACUAUCUGGAUCAUUGAUCCCAAUUUUUCAACGUGGAAACAAAACCCUAGGAAGUGCCGAUUCAGACACUGGACCUCCGUCGAAGCUGGGGAAGAAAAGAAAGACUAAAUGGGCUCCUGAUUUGUCACAAGAUAUUGCAGUCAAGAAAUGUCGAUUUUUAGCUUACCAGAAACGCGUGGAUCAAAUUACACAGCGAUUGGAAUCUGGAACUCUUGAAGUGGAGACUAAUAGAACUGACCUGGAGUUUGAAAAACGCGAAGCAAUUGGGGAGAUACUCGAGUUGAAUCCGAGGUACAAGGCUCCACCUGAUUAUAAGCCAUUGCUGAAAGAAGCUAGAUUGCCGAUCGAUGUUAAAGAACAUUCUGAUUUCAGCUUUCUAAGUCUCAUAUUUGGUUCCCAAGGUGAUACUCAAAAGCGGCUCGAAAAAGAGACUGGAGCUAAAGUACAAAUUUUCGGUACUAAAACAGGAGGAGAGAAGGUUGAACUCUCUCCUUCGGAUGAAAAUGAGAUCCAGAAGUCAUGGCAAGAGUUAUAUUUUCAGAUAUCAUCUGACACUUACGAAAAAGUGGAUGCAGCUAUUGCUGUAGUUGAGCUACUUAUGUCUUCAGUGUCUGGAAAUACAGGAGCUGGUGCUGCUCCUCCAUCUUCCAUAUCUGAAAUUAUUUCAACUAUUCCAGGCAACAGCAUCGCAACUGCUACAGCCCCGACCUCUGAACGGACAACUGACCAUAGCCAAGUCCUACAGCAUGGUUCCUCAUUUCAUUUGUCUUCAAAUCAAGCUCCACUUCAUCCACCUCUUGAACACUUUGUUUCAGGUCUUGGUUAUAAUAUCCAGGAGCAAGAACUGCCUAAAAAUUCUAUGAAUCUCAAUCCUCUUUUUGCUCAGCAACUACUUCCAGUUCCUCAUGACACAUCAUUACCUCCUGGUUCUCACGUCCCUCGACCACCGGAUUCGUUCCCUUUUAGCCUUUCCAACACACCAAGGACCUAUUCUGUGACUUUGCCUCCAUAUUCUGGCAGUCAGAUACAACCAAUAGGACCACGUUCUACUGUGAGGCCGUCGACCCUAUUUACUUUCCAUCCUGUACAUAGACCAACACUGUUACCAGACAUAGACCAAUCAGUACGGCCUUUGGCUCCUAACUUCAGUCCACAUCCUGUAGCUCAUCAGCCAGGUACUGAAAUACCAUCAAUUCCUUUUCCCUCGGCUAGCAGUCUAAUAGCAGAAUAUGGUUCUGGUAGUUCUCUGCGUCCCAUGUCAGUGUCACCACAUAUUGCUAGUAGGCCUGCUGGUCUUGUUCCGGCUUAUCCUCCCACAAAUACUGCUUCUAGGCCGUUUCACGGGGAUUUCGGUUACAUACCACAACAAUCAAACAUUAUUACCACACCACAUAUAUCCCCUAGACCCAACUCACAAUCAGCUCAUCUCCCUCAUCUGCCAUUUCAAGCCUCUCAACAUUUUGGGCAAAAUUUCACAAGAUCGCAGCACUUCGACAGGCAGAUGGAUCAACCCUUGAGCCACCCAUCUGCACCAUUUCAUGGUAACGCGAGAUCAAACGUCGGACCUCCAUUGUCUCAGAUGAUGCCUAGAAACUUCCCUGGAGCUCAAUUCCCGCAGCAUUCUGCUCAUUUCCCUCCAAGACCAGUGUUUCAUCAUGAUAACCUGAUACCGCGUGGCCAGCCACAGAUUCGCCAACGGUUCAACUCUGGUGUCCAUCAAGUAUAUGACCCUUUUUCACCUAGUGAUGGUUAAUUCAGUAUUGUGUUUUCAAUAGCCAUGUUUCUGCAAUAGGGACUGUCCCUUCUGUUACAAGUUACUUAAUCGGUUUAUGUAAUUUACAAUGUAUAAAUGCAAUUGUUAAUCACUUUUAUGAUGGCCUGAGAAACCUAUAUUCGGUACCUUUUUUGUUUGUGAUGUGAUGGUUCUUGCAUAAAUUGAGAUGGCAUGAUGAAAUUAUUGACUAUCUUAUCCAAUCCUAAUGCAACUACAUACCUCGCAACGAUUUUGAUAAUU